UGGGCAACAAAUUUUUCUCAAACAGUGCAAGCUCUUUGAAGCCGAUGACGUUAACGACAACAGAUUUGUAGUUUCAACUUGACGUGGCACGUGUUUGUUAAUUCUUGGCUUUAAUGCUGCACAAGUGUUAAAGAAUAAGUACUGUGUAACAGUAUUUACGGAAUACGAGUUCGAUUUUAAUAUAUCAUUACAAUCAUGGGACUGACAAUAUCAAGUGUUUUGACAAGACUCUUUGGGAAGAAGCAGAUGAGAAUUUUGAUGGUCGGACUUGAUGCCGCAGGAAAAACAACGAUAUUGUACAAGUUAAAGCUUGGUGAAAUCGUCACUACCAUUCCAACUAUUGGUUUCAAUGUAGAAACGGUGGAAUACAAGAACAUAUGCUUCACUGUGUGGGAUGUAGGUGGUCAAGAUAAGAUAAGACCACUGUGGCGCCAUUAUUUCCAAAAUACUCAGGGCUUAAUUUUUGUCGUUGACUCCAAUGACAGAGAAAGAAUUGGUGAAGCAGAAAAGGAACUACAGAAUAUGCUGCAAGAAGAUGAAUUACGAGAUGCUGUCCUACUUGUUUUCGCAAACAAACAAGAUCUGCCAAAUGCUAUGAGUGCAGCGGAACUCACUGAUAAGCUUGGGCUGAAUCAACUUCGAAACAGACAUUGGUACAUACAAGCUACGUGUGCUACGCAAGGUCAAGGCUUAUAUGAGGGCUUGGACUGGCUUUCAAAUGAACUAGCCAAAAAGUGAAGACUGUGCAUUCCGUGUGUGGCAGUGUUGUGGAGUUAAGACUGUGACUCUUCUGAACUAUAAUUCCUGAGCUGUAUUACACUUAAUUUAUAUUUGUCUCUUAUUGAAACUUGUUGUUCAUUAUAUCUCUUGCUGUUAA